GAAGAAAGAGGGCGACCUCGAAGCCCUUCGUACCCGUUUCGCUCGAUGCGUCGGUUGCUCGCGUUUGCUCGCGUCAGUCGCGUCAACGAUGGGCUCGACUCGACCUACGUGUUCGAAUUGUCUGAUUCGUUGAAGACACUGUGUUCACGCGGGACUGGCGAGAGGUGCGCGUAGAAAGCACACGACACGCGUGUUCCCACAACGAGAUCAGCUAACGCCGAGAUCUAGGUGGUGGCGGUGGCGAUGGCGAUGGCGAUGUCGGUGGCGUGGGUGAUAGGGGCGACGCGUUUUGUCCCACUGUGCGACGGUAGAAAGAAAGAGACUAACAACUAGACGAUAGCACGGAAAGGGAGAGCGCAGGUACACGUAUCUGCCUAUAUAGUUAAGGAGUAACUACGGGCAUAUACGUCGCCACGGAGGACGACGGUUGCUACGAUAUCGAUCCCACGCAAUAUCGCGUUGUUCCCAGUAGUGUUCCCGCAGGCGUCGCGACGCUAAGCGUCCUCGUGUCUCUCCAUUCGCCGGUGUCCGUGGAACGGAUCGCUUGAAUCCGCCGUUGGUCGAGCGUCGGUCGUAAUUGGCCGUCGAUUGGAAGCGAUCGACGCGAGUUUUCCGAGUCGGGACACCGUUCUCCGGGGGUUUCGAGGCAAGGAAAAGGACGGACGGGGGAGACGGUAGCCGACGAUUCUGUAUGUGUAUCGUUCGAUCCUCGGUGAAAAUGUGGGGAAGGGCGAGCAUGGCGGCCGUGAUGAUCCUUCUCUUGUUGUGCUCGUGGACGCUCGGCGUCGUUCACGGAGAAGGAAAUCUGACGGAGGUCGGUUCGACCGACACGGAAGCGGAGGGCAUUUUGGAGCGCGCGACUGUGUGGCUGUGGAGCCAGCGGGACAAAGACGCUGGUUGGGGGAACGAUACGCAUCGCGUCCUGUUGGUCCUUCGGCUGGCUAACCUCUCGCGGGAGGACAACGUCGCUCCUCCGGCGCCGUUCGAGUUGCAGCUGAGCAGCAAACAGAUGGAGCUCGAAAUUGUGUUGCUACUUUGGAGGCACAGAGAGAUCGGUUUCUCUCCGGUGAGAUUGGCGCGCUACACCCUCGCCUUGAACGCUAUGUGUACGGAUCCGAGACAGUUUCACGGCCACGACCUGAUCGGAACGCUCCAGCAUCACGAGCCACCUACGGAUUACGAGUUCGCCCUCACAACGCUGGCUGCGUGCAACGCGCAGGGUCACGUGCGAAGGAGACAGAUACGUCGGUUGAUGGACAUCGCAAACGAUGCUCAGGAUCACAACGUCGAUACUGUCGCAAUGGUGAUCCUAGCCCUGAAGUGUAUCGUCCAAGACCACAAACAUCGAAACCUCCACCAUUUCCUGCGCAAACCGUCGAUUGGUUUGGCGCAGCAGCAAAGACUCGACGGUAGCUUUGGAGAUCUUCGGACGACGGCUUUGGUGAUGCAGGCUCUCGAGGAAGCGGAGAACGAGCCAGCCGAUAGCUGGAACCGAUCAGCUGCACUGGUGUGGCUGUCGAGUCAACAGCGACCCGAUGGUUCCUUCGGCGGAGAUAUUCGUGCAACCGCGGAGGCUGUCCUUGGAGUCACUCCUCGAAGUUUGGCGAGCAUCAGAAUCCUCGACUGCGGCCAAGGACUCAGCGAUACCUCGCCACCGCGACUCACCAUCGCAACCACCACUACCUCCACCAGUAAUGGUAACGGUAAUGAGUCGACGAUCACGAGCAACCAUAACGAAGCCGUAUCGUCGGUAUCCGGGAAUAACGCGAGUAACGAAAGUGUGAGUAGCGACGCCAGCAACGGAAACAAUGGGAUCAACGGAAACAGAGGAAACAGUGUUGGGAACGCGGUGAAUUCCAGCAACACGGACAACGGCGUGGUCGUUGGAACCACUGCGCCGGUGAUAGUGAACGUUUCGUACACUCUGUGGGUCGGCAGUCACGUUAACGAGACGUACAAUCUGACCGUGAACGCGCCUAAAAACGAGAGAUUCUACGAGGUGAUGCUUCUUGCCGCAGAAAUGUCGCCGCACUUUCAGUUCGUGGCAUCCGAAUGGCCAAACGGACAUUACGUUCACACGAUAGCCGGUUACAAGGAGGAGCCGAUGUCCUAUCACUACUGGCUCCUUUACCGGCUCCCUUUGCCACCUGAUCCAUCCUCGCCCCCUGGUAAUCAGUUGGUUGCCCCUGGAGGCGUCGACGAUCUGCAAAUCAACGAAGGCGAUCAUUAUCUCUUUUGGUAUAAGAAACUAUGAAGAGCAACGAACCGUCGACGACUAGUCGAAACAGUUUGAGAAAUAGACGAAGAUAUGGAUCGUGCGAAAGCAAAAACUGUGAGAAUCGAAGAGGGAGAGUUAAAAAACGAUGAAAAAACGAAAAAAUGCCUAGUUACUCGAAAUCAAUAAAAAUGGAAGCUCACUCUUAUUCACUGCCACCGCUAAGCGCGUACGGCAAACGUACAACGACAUUUUCCAGGAUUAAUUUCGCAUGAGUUCGCACGUGCGCCAAGUUACUUAGGAAGAUGCCGAAGAAGUAGAGCUGGCAGUGACGUUUUUGGAACUCUGCUCUAAUGGCCGAUUAGACUUAGUCGGUAAAAAAAGAAAAAAGAGAAAAAAAAAAUGAAAAAAAAAAAUGUAAACUAAAAGCGCGACACAUCCUAAUACGUGUACCGAUAACUCGACUGACGUAUGGCGAUAACGAUAACCAUGCGUAUUCGUAAAUCAUAAACUUAAGCUAAAUAACGGCAUAACAUUUUCUAUGAAACUGCAAUGCACAACCACAUUGUACCUACUCAACCGAUAUGGCGAUGAUCAUGUCGAUGAUCAACGUAUCAAUUGAUAUUUAAUAAAUCCCAUAUCUCUAUGUAUUAGCUGACCUAACCCCUAAGUCUUGAUAUCUUGCUACGCGUGUUGCUUUACAAUCACCGAAUCCCAGUUGCUACGUGAAACCAAGUUCAAGCUUCGCCGCGAUGCGUAUAACAAAAUUUCAUCCGGAAACGAAUGCGUUUCGAUCGACGAUUUUUCAUGAUUUGCCUAACGUCGCAAUGUACAGUAUCCUUGGUUUUUUGAAAUUAAUAAAGUGUACAAUUACGAACUAGA